AUCAUAUCAAAAACACUUAAGGGAAAAUGAAAGCAUGCGAGCGGUAGCACAGGAACAAGAUGUCACAAUCAACUCCAACUCGAGAUAGCAUAAACCCAUUAUCGCAACAAUCUCUUCGAACUCCUCCUUCUGCUUCUCCAAGCAAGCCAAGAUUGUUAUGGCGUGGUAGUUUAUUUCUGUCCGAUGGAACUGAGCUACCCGGAUUAGCAAUCGUGUCAACCAUACAGCCCACUUUUGCUUCUUCUCGGAGUAGCAGCAAGAAAGAAAUUGAAGAUGACAGUAUUAAAGACGCACCUUUCACCUUGUCUGCCGAACAACAAGAUGACAUGUGUUUAUCGAUAGAAAUGGUACGACAUGCUUCUCUACGUGUGGUUGAUGUGGUGGAAAACACAGUCGUGAAAGAUGAAAGUGGUAAACUAUCUUUACAAUCAACAAAUCAAGUGAAUCCUUCUAGCACAUCAAGCAAUCCUGUCAAUGCUGCAAAUCAGAAUAUUCACGUCACAUUUGAGGCGGCAGGAAAUGUACGAUUAUACAUCGACCCCGAUCAACAUUCUACCAUUGCAUUCUUUGAUCGUUUGUUCGCAUACGAUUUCGAUUCCGAACAAAAAGAUAGAUUGACCGGAAAUUGCUCAACAAGUGCUUUAAUCUUUUCGCUAGAUAAAUCUUUCAAAGAUUCGAUGAAUUUCGAUUCGUUUGAUUCACGUGCGGAAAGCUUUGAUGUUUUUGGCGAUCAUGCAUCUACUGGAUCAGCUUAUCAUAUAAAUAGCUCAGGAAUCAUGGAAGCUGUUGUGAUUGGAAUGGAACGAGUCGAACCAACUUCAUCCGGCAAAUCCAAUAUCGAACUUCAUAUUGGUCGAAAGAUUGUAAAGAGAAUCAAGAGUGCUUCUCGCUCAGAAUCACAACCCGUUUCCUCGAAUACGAGCAUCUCCCUUUCUCAGCAUUCACUUUUACCUCGACCGGAUGAUCCGGCUCCUCGUAUAUUACCAUUAAAGAGAACGCAAAGUACUUUAAAGCCUGCCACUUCAUUAUCAUCACUCUUUUCACGUGCAAAUUCGUUCCAAGAUCAUCAAGGCACGUCAUCCAAAUUUGCUUUACCUGCUCGUCCGUCAUUCGCUAGGGCUCAGAGGGAAAGCUCGCAAAAUAGAGACAUUCGAAUGUCAGAAGAGCGAAGUUUAGACAGCAUCCCAAAGGAGCGAUCAAAUUCCGUCAGCGCAAUUACAAAAAAGAGAGGUGGAAAUCAUACACCCGGCAGAAGGGGAGAAAAGCGACCGCGAAACAUCGUUCUGAAUGAACAAGAGAUCGAUGAUGAUCCUUUCCUCUCCACUACCCUAGAAGAUGAUAUUGAACAAGAGGAAGAUUCUUCCGAGCCAAUCAAGGUUAAAAAGGAAGAUCCUGACGUACUUAUGGCUCCACCGCCAAUCAAUUCGAGAUCGUCUUCUUUGUCAAACAAGCAAACUUCCUCUAUCGAAGAAAAGAAUCGUUCUUUGAUCAAGAAGCUAGUUCAUUACCAACUUCUCGGCAAAGGCGUUGAAAGACAUGAACCUGCAUAUGCAGCUUGUUAUGGUAUGACAUGUCAAGGCGCAACGGUAGCUUUGCGUAAGCAUGUCAAAAUCGAACUCAUCGAUCGACAAAUAGCUGCAGGUAUUAUCGAAAAGCAUUUAGAGAUGUACCUCUAGAGAAUUCGGCAUUGUAUUACAUACUCACUCAACCAUCUGUACACUAUUCAAUCAUAACCAUAC